UUCAGGGAGGAAGCUCACCCUCCCCACCUCUGGACCUCUCACCCCAGCACCUGCUCGGACAGUGCUACGGAGGAAAUACACAGAGCAGCCCUCCUUCGAUGAUGUCCACUGAGCAGAUGCAGCCACUGGAGCUCUCAGAAGACAGACUGGACCAGCUCGACCCUCGCUGCAGCCACUUGGAUGACCUCUCUGAGCAGUUCAUUAAGGACUGUGAGCUCAAAAAGAUGCCAAGAAAUGGAAAAAAUGUACAGGUCACUGUGAACAUUGAGUCAGACCAAAAAAAGCCACGGAGGAAAGACACGCCGGCCCUGCACAUCCCGCCUUUCAUUCCAGGUGUGCUUUCCGAGCAUUUAAUUCAAGGAUACGAGGUCCAAGAGAGACAUCCAAAGGGCAACGUGAGUCCAGCCCUUCACAACACUGACCUGGAACAGAAAAAGCCAAGGAGAAAAGACACACCUGCCCUGAACCCGGCCCCCUGGGCAGCAGGUGCGACUCUGCUCAGAGAGGAGGGACCCAAAGUGAUCACGGAAGAUGACGAAAAGGAUGGUGACAAGCUAGCUAUCUAAAGACACCUCCCCUGAGACCACUCGUAAAUAGGUUAG